GACAGUAGCAGAAGAAGAUGUCAUCCGUCAUGCAUUACUAUCCAGUACACCUGACCAAGGUGGGCCCGUAUCCAGCAGUUCCUUCGGAGGCCAAAUACAGUGAUUUGAUCUAUGGCCAUCAUCACGCUGUGAACCCCCUCAGCCUGGCUCCCAGUUACAGCCAGAUGAACUCCAACCCCACCACACUAAACGAUCAUUGCUCCACGCAACAGCUGCACCAGCAGCAGGUGUCCUCGGAUGAGAACCUACCAACCCAGCCCAGCCAGGACUCGCAAAGGGUGAAGUUGAAGCGAUCCCGAACUGCCUUCACCAGUGUCCAGCUGGUGGAACUGGAGAACGAGUUCAAGAGCAAUAUGUAUCUGUACAGGACGAGGAGGAUUGAGAUUGCCCAGCGGUUGUCUUUGUGCGAACGCCAGGUGAAGAUCUGGUUCCAAAACCGUCGCAUGAAAUUCAAGAAGGACAUCCAGGGACCCCGCGAAUCUAAGGCUAGUGCCAAAAUGGCCCAGCCCCAGGCUGAGCAGAGUGCCCAUCGCGGAAUAGUGCAGCGCUUGAUGUCCUAUUCCCAGGAUCCCAGGGAGACAUCCGCUGCAGCAGAAAAGCGUCCUGUGGUGGCAGUAGCUCCCGUGAAUUCCCAACCAGACUUUGUCCAAACGAAGAUCAAAACCGAAGUAGCACCAAUGAUCAACCACAGCAGCAACAACAUGUGCUCCAGCUCCGAUCUCAGCGAGAUCUUGGAGCACCUGGCUCAAACUACAGCUGCUCCAACAACCAGCAUUUCGAAUCCAGGACCCUCAACCAACUCCAGUUCCACCACCACUUCUGGGCACUAUUCCUACAAUGUGGAUUUGGCCCUGCAGAGCAUCAAGCAGGAUUUAGAGGCCGCCGCCCAAGCCUGGUCCAAGUCGAAGUCCGCACCACUUCUGGCCACUCAGUCCUGGCAUCCUAGUGCCCAACACCAGAUCCCUACGAGCGUGCAUAAUGGUCCCUCUAUGAAUUUGUCAUGGGGCGAACCUACUGCCAAAUCCAGAAAGCUGAGCAUUAGCCACAUUAAUCCCUGUGUCAACAGCUUCAAUUAUCCCAAUUAAUCAGGAGUCUAUCUUGUUAGUUCAUUUAAUUAAACUUAGUUCUUAAGUCUUGUUAGAGCUAAGCAACCGUCUCUGGCCCUUGGACGCAAAAUUCUAACGCAACUCAGUGACUUAAGCCAUGUA